AUGUCCAGCAAUUUGUCCAGCAGUCUCUCUGUACAAUAUUUCAGACUGACAGUCGUGGGUCAUUUUGGUUCACACCAAGCUGCUAUUAGGCUCCGAGCCAAAUCGAAGGGCUCCGUGCGCGCGACUGUACCCGUGCAGGGCCUGCCUAAAGAAUUUAUAUUUUAUAGUGAGUCCACCGCGGCUGCGACCAGUACAGGACAGUGCUUGCUUGUGACACCGCGGGGAACGCGGGAAAGUAAAAGUUUAGUGCAGUGUCUGUGUGUCCCUCUGGAAUGGAUGGCUAGUGAGGAUGCGCGCACGCUGGUGGAGGCGGUGCCUGCGGUGGCGGUGGCUGCGGCGGUGAGCGGCGCGGCGAGCGGCGAGCGUGCCGAGCGCGCGUGCGCGUGCGCCGCCUGGCCGCCGCGCCGCCAGCCCGCACCGCACGAGAUACUGAGGCCCAAGCCGCGCAGGCCAUCCAACGCUGCCCUCCCACACCUUGGAACACCUUGGGACUCCAAUGUCCCUCAGUGUAAGUAUUGGUCUGCUCUGGGGUGCUCUAUAUUUAGAGAUCCGCUUACGGUUGCAUUCACCCCAGAGCCCGUUACUGAUGAUGUGCAGAACCACUUGAGGCGAGAUUGA